AUGGGCACCACCGAGACCGAGAACCAGUUCAGCGAUGCCUUCGAGGUGGAGGGCCAAUCUUCAGAGGCGGAGAACAAAGUCAGCCAACUGCUGGCGAAGCAGCAGCUGCGGGACAGUCCAGAUGAAGCGGAAGAAGACGUUGACGACGACGACGAUGAUGGCGUUGAAGAGCUGUUCUUUGAUGACAAUCAACUGAAGCAGCAGGCGAAACGGGAGCACAUCCAGACGGGCAACUACCAGCCGAACUUGAAAAAGUUCAGCAAGUACGAGGACAAGAUCAACCUGGACUCGUACAAUGUCACCAAUAAGACGUGGAACCUGCUCAAUGUGACGGACAAGAAGAUCUUCGAGGAGCGGAAGCGCAUCAAGGACAAGUGCGACCGAGCCACCGUGGAGCAGGUGCUUGACCCGCGCACGAGGAUGAUUCUCUUCAAGCUGAUCAACCGCCGCUACAUUGAGCAGAUCAACGGCUGCAUCAGCACCGGCAAGGAGGCCAACGUCUACCACGCCACAUCCAGUGAGGAAGGCGGCGUCGACAAGGCCGUGAAGAUCUACAAAACCUCCAUUUUGGUGUUCAAAGACCGCGACAAGUACGUGUCGGGGGAGUUUCGCUUUCGCCACGGCUACUGCCGCCACAACCCCCGGAAGAUGGUGCGCACCUGGGCGGAGAAGGAGAUGCGCAACCUCUGCCGCAUCUACCAGUCAGGCAUCAACUGUCCGAAGCCGCAGGUGCUGCGCAGCCACGUCCUGGUGAUGGACUUCGUGGGCAAGGACGGCAUUCCGGCGCCGCUGCUGAAGGACUGCGGCAACCUCAGUUCGGCAAAGUUCAAGGAGCUCUACCUCGAGUGCAUCCUCAUCAUGCGGAAGCUCUUCAACGAGUGCCACCUGGUGCACGCCGACCUGAGCGAGUUCAACCUGCUCUACCACAACUCCUCCAUCUUUGUCAUCGACGUCUCGCAGUCGGUAGAGCACGACCACCCCUCGGCGCUGGAGUUCCUCCGCAAGGACUGCACCAACGUCAACGACUACUUCGGGCGGCGGGGCGUCCUCACGAUGACCACCAAGGAGCUCUUUGACUUUGUCACCGACCCGAACAUCACCGAGAAGAACAUCGACCGGUACCUGGAGCGGGCGCAGCAGCUGGCGGCGGAGCGCGCCGAGGAGGGCGGCCAGGGGGCGGAGGAAGCCCUUGACGAGGAGGUCUUCAAGCAGGUCUUCAUUCCGCAGCGGCUCGACCACGUGGCGCACUACGACCGAACGCAGACGAACCGCGAUCAGACGCACUACAAGACGCUGGCCGGACUGAAGGCAGAUCUCAGUGGGGCUACGACAAAGCCGGCGCUCUUGGCGGCCGCCCACAACGAGGACGAUGAAUCCUCCUCCUCCUCCUCUUCUUCGGAUGGCGAAGCCUCUCAGUCAGGAAGCGACGAGGAAGGAGGUCACCACNUGGCGCACUACGACCGAACGCAGACGAACCGCGAUCAGACGCACUACAAGACACUGGCCGGACUGAAGGCAGAUCUCAGUGGGGCGACGACGAAGCCGGCGCUCUUGGCGGCCACUCACAAUGAGGACGAUGAAUCCUCCUCCUCCUCCUCCUCUUCUUCGGAUGGCGAAGCCUCUCAGUCAGGAAGCGACGAGGAAGGAGGUCACCACCAGCACGCCGGUCGGCCAAAGGACGAAACGGCCGAGGAGAAAAGG